UUUUCCGACAAAAUCGUGCUACCUCCCAGUGUGAGAUCGCGACGCGAGAGACAAGCAACGCUUCUAGUGCCAUUGACAUUUUAUCUCAGCCAGACACUAUGAGCGGGCUGCGUGAGGUGUCCCGGUGCAUCCGGCAACUUCCCAAAAACCCUCUUACGAGACCGGCAGCACCUCAGAGCAUAUUUCGACGAUGCGCGUCCUCGCAGGCCGCUGCCGCGCAAGUCGGAACCACAGCGCCGGCAGUAAGAGCAGAGCUUGAUGAUUUGGAGCAACUCUCAUCACAAAGUGAGGCCAAGUUUGGCGAGGACUACAAGCAGAGAGCACCAUGGGUUGGGCUGAAGGAUAGAAACGCAUUGCCUGGCGGAAGAUACCACUACUUUCCCCCUAAGUAUGAUCGAGGUCCACUGCACCCACUGCAGGUGCCGCGUCAGUCGGACCCUACCGCACGAGACUUCGUUCCUGGGCCCUUUAACAACCCUCGGCUCCGUCAGACCUACGAGUCCACGAUCAUGUCUGAUUACCUGACUCUCGCUUACAACCACAUCCCUCCUGGAGAAUACACCAAACCUGUCGACAAGUCACAGUUCCGAAAAUGGGAAGGCGACAACCCAUACUUCGAAAACCGUCCGCUGCGUCCUCCUCGAGGCUCCGCCCGUUACCGCAUCGCUGAGCAUGAUAUCAGCUUCGCCAACGUCCCCGAGAUCACCCAGAUCACGCUUGCAUGUCACGUACCCGAGUCGAACAACAACCCGCUGUACCUCUUUACGGCCCGUGCCAUGUUGCAGACCAUCACAGGUGUUGUGCCUGAGGUGACCAAGUAUAAGCGGGCUAACGCUGGUUUUGGUCUCCAAAAGGGCAAGGCCAGCGGUGCAAAGGUGACUUUGAAGGGUAACCAGGCGUACGAAUGGCUUGACAAGUGCAUCCAUAUUGUUAUGCCUCAGAUCAAGGAGUGGCCUGGAGUCAAGGGGAGCACUGGCGACAACAAGGGCAACAUUGCAUGGGGUUUUGAGCCCAAGGAUAUGGUCCUCUUCCCUGAGAUCGAGUCCAACAUUUCGACGUUCCCUCCUAAGAUGCUUCCGGGUUGCCGUGUUUUCAUAACCACAUCAGCAAGGUCAACAAGGCAUGCCCGGCUGCUUCUUCAAUCACUUGGCAUUCCGUUCUACGGAUCACUCGCCUGAUUGCAAUGAAAACUUUGCAACGAGCUCUCUGGUCAAAUUGACCAUAGCCAGCUGUAUAACACACUCUGUAUAUUUUGUGUAAUGUCACCUAAAAAAAAACUGUAGACACCAUGUCCAAUUUCCUUAAAUCUUCCAUAUUUUGAGAUGAAAUUGUUGGUUUGCAUGUGAAGCAAGGUAUCAUUUAUCACCCAGAAUACGCCAAACGCCGGUCAAUCCGCUCAACAUGCCGCGCCUAUUACCAAAUUCCGAAUCCCUUAUGCCCAUAUCAUUUACCCAGAUCUCUCGUUGCAAUCAUGACCCUUUUCAAGCCUUCUUGGGAAUACCAGCCUUGAGCAGAUCAAUUACCGCAUCCACGGCGUCCAUGUUGGUUGCAUCAACCUUGUCCGACUUGCCCCCGCGCUUGCCCACCUCCUCCACUAUCACGUCCAUCGCCGGCUGGUAGUUUCUGCCAGCCGAGCUCAGGGCAUAGAUGGCCUUGCGCCUCACAUCCUCCCUUUGGUCUUCGGCGGUGGCCAGUUCGACCAGGCUUGGCAGCCCGCCGAGUGCUAAUAAGCGUUCCUGAGAGGGCUCAUUGUUCUGAACGGCGGUGCCGAUGCACCACGCGGCCAUACGCCGCAGGUCCGGAUGGUCGCUAUCCAGCAUGCCAAGCAGCGGGGUCCAGAGUGAGAGCUUGGAGAGAUUGUUGGCGUUGUCCAGCGACUCGAUCAGCUGCUCGAAGUUGUCAAAUGCUAUAAGCUUGUUUUCGAGGGUAACGUCUGGCUCUGUGCUGGUGAUGACGUCCAUGGCAGCCUUCAUCAGCUCGGCUUCUGAGGGGCCGCCGAACAGUGCAGCAAGCACUUCCGGGUCAGGACGCUGUAGCUGCUGCUGGUCUGCUCCUGCAGCCGGCGCACUGCCGUCGGUGUUGGUGUUCUCGAUGCUCCAUUUUAAGAGUGCGUUUAAGUUUUUGUCGCCCAUCUUGGUAUUCUAGCGUUGUUUGUGAUUUAUUUUAUUUUGUCUUAGGCUUUAUUUUGUGUUGAAUUUUAUAAAUGGAAUUUUGAUGGUGGAGUUGAGUUGUUGAAGGCUUGUUUAGGAAGCCCCUCUUACCAACAGUCGUUGUUUGCGGAUAACAGUGAAAAAAAACAGUAUUUAUAUGUGACUGCAUAACUGGUACGCGACGUG